GUUUUCCUGGACCAGAUCUCUGAGCUGGCUCACGGACCGAGGAGCACUCUGUCUUGAACCAGCCUUUUCUCCCGCUGUAUCGGUCUCACGGUGAUGGGGGUCCGCGCGGGUCCGUGCGGGUCUCUGCUGGUCUGCCUUACCCUGUUGGUCACUGCGGUCCCCCCUCUGAACGCCUGGGAGGCGGAUCUGGAGCUGCUGGAUCUGGUGGAGGAGAUCCCGCAGACCUUCUACCAGUUCAUGUCCCUGAACCAGGAUGCCUCAGCAGCAGAGAUCAAGAAGGCGUACCGUCGUCUGUCUCUCACGCUGCAUCCUGACAAGAACAAAAACGAAGACGCAGAGACUCAGUUCAGACAGCUUGUUGCCAUUUAUGAAGUUCUGAAGGACGAGGAGAGACGACGCAGGUACGAUGACAUCCUGGUGAAUGGGCUUCCUGAUUGGCGGCAGCCGGUCUUCUACUACAGACGAGUGAGGAAGAUGAGUAACUCUGAGCUGGGAUUCCUCCUCUUCCUCAUCCUCACUGUGGGACAUUAUGCUGUCAUCUGGUCCAUCUACCUGGAGAAACAGCUGGACGAGCUGUUGAGUAAGAAGAAAAAAGAGAAGAAGAAGAAGGUGAGCUCCAGGCCUGUAGAGGAGCUCAGGUGUAUCGGCCAGGACCGCACUGACAGAGUUCAGGACAGGCCUCACUGGCAGGACAUCCUCCCUCUGAAGCUGAGCAUCUGGCUUUAUCUGUCCAUCAAAAACCUGCCUCAGACCGUCCAGGAGGUGAAGCAGUACUACGAGGACUACCAGCAGAUGAAGCAGCAGCAGAGAGAAGAAGCUGAAGCUGAACAGGAAGCUGUGACCAGAGAGAAGAGGCCGAAGCUCAAGAAGCCUAAGGUGGAGUUUCCAGUUUACGAGCCGUCUUCAGAGAACCUGAACUACCAGAGCUACGACCAGACCUCGUCCAUUGAGGAGAUUGAAGACCAGAUGGACACCUGGCUGCAGGACCACAGAGCUGGCAGGAAGAAGGCUGCAGAGUGGACAGAGGACGAGCUCAGUUUCCUCAGCAGGUUGAUGGUCAAAUUUCCAGGAGGAACUCCAGGUCGAUGGGAAAAGAUCGCUCAUGAACUGGGACGGUCGGUGUCUGAUGUGACGACUAAAGUCAAACAGGCGAAAGACAACGUGAGCCACACAUCAGGUCUGGUGAAGCUGUCAGACCUAAAGGGCCCUCAUCUUCCUGUGAGGUCACUUCCUGUUGCUGACAGUGCUAUGACGCAGAGGCUGGGAGGGGCCUGUGUGGAGGAAGAGGAAGGGGAAGAGGAGGAAGCAGCUCCAGCAGUCCGCAGGAGGAACAGGAAGUCUUCGACGGCAGCAGCAAGAGGGGAAGAGAUGAAGGUCAGAGGUCGUCGGCAGAGAGAUUUCGACCCAGCCAUGGUGGAGGAGGAUGACGAGGCGGAGCCUCACGAAAGCAGGGAGAAGGCAGACCCUGCUGCCUGGACUCAGAACCAACAGAAACUGCUGGAACUUGCUCUGCAACAGUUCCCCCGAGGAACCGCAGAACGCUGGGACCGCAUCGCCAAGGUGGUCCCUGCGAAGACCAAGGAGGAAUGUAUGAUUCGUUAUAAGAUGUUGGCUGAGCUCGUUCAGAAGAGGAAACAGGCCAAGAGCUGAUGAAAGGUCCUGAGCUCUGACUCCGCCUCUUCCUGCUUUCACCUGAAUCAGGUGACCUGUCAGAAAGGUGAUCAACCAGGUGACUUGUCAGCAGUGUUUUAUCUCUGUCCGGGUGAGCCGCUUCCUGAUUGGACUGAAUCAUAGUUUGUUUUAUUUGUAUGAUGUGGUGUCUCACCUGAUCAGGUGUGUUUUUAAAACCAAUGUGUCAAAGGUAGCAGGUAACCAGUCUGAGGCCUCCUGACCUCUGACCUCACAGCUUCAUGUGCCUUAGCUCUGUUCAGCAUGCUGUCAAUCAACUUCUGUUCAACUGAUCAAUAAAAAG